AAACUGUUUUCUAUCAGAAUGAGCUCUUCCUGUAGGAGGAUAGAUGACGUGGCACUGUGGAAAGUUUUCAAAUCAGUGGACGCUGCUACGUUACAAAGAUGUAGAAGAGUAUGCACAAAAUGGAAUAGUGAAAUAUUAAGACUCAAUGAAUAUACUAGUAAAUUCACUCCUUGCUCUCUAAUGAUGGAAAUUAAUGCAAAGAAGUUCAAAAUUUCCCUUGGUAAUUUGAAAAGUAGAAAUUGUCUAGAAAUUGAUUCUAUAAAAUUCAAUGAAAUUCAAAAAUCUCUCCGCCACGUGGCACCGCCUGCGACAUUGAUGAUCUAUUUGAGUUGUGAUUCGGAAUCCAGUGCUAUUGAAGAAGUAAUGGGAGGAGCCACUGAAAGAUGGUGCAGUGAGAUUAGAGAGCUCGAAUUCGUCACUCAUAAUCCCAACUUAAAAAUUUCAAGCAUUUUGAAACUUCUUGAAAGAUUUCCAAACUUGAUCCGUUUUUCACUUUCUCAUUGCUUCACUGAGUUUGUUUCAAUAGGUGAAAUAUUUAAGAAACUUUCUCAUUUACAAUACCUAAGAGUUUAUGAUUUUGUUGGAAGCAGUGAAAGUGGACAAUCAAGCGGAUUGGUUUUCGAUGAUAAUGCUGUAAUUCAGCUUAUGAAAAAUCAAACUGGAAGCAGGAAAAUUCAGAAAAUUGAGUUAUUUAAUAUCAAAGUAACAGUUUCAAGGCAUACGAUGAUUGAAUCACUCCGGAAAUUGGCACGUCUUCCGGUUCAGUCGGAAAUAUUCAACAAGCCAAUACUGACAGAGAAAAACAAAGAUAAUCAGUCUAUUCAUCUACUAUUUGAAAAUUGCAUCUGGGAAACCAUAAAAGAGCUCAACUUACUUUCUGAUAUUAUUCGAAUUGCUUCACAAUUCUGUUUUCCAAUUCAACAACAUGAAGAUAAUUUUUUGAAAGGAGACUUUCGUUUUUCAAUUUUUGAUACUAAUUUUGUAUUAAAAUUUGUUGUUUGAUUGUGCUGCUUUUAUUUUGAAUCUCAACUGAUUUAAAUCUAAUAGGAUUCGUUUUUUUUUCUUUUUUUCCAUAUCUGUAAAUAAGUACAACUGUUGAUUCCAACUGGAAAUUAAUAAAAA